ACGAACGAGAUUUUUGCAACAGUAGCGUAUUCGUACACUGGCUUGUCUUGACAUGUGCUAUAUUUCUCAUCCGAACGUUAUCUAAACAGCGUGAUGCUUAAGUUUCUAAUAACGCAUUCGUUCGCGCCUUUUUCGAAUACCGGAAAAUAAACUCAAGUUGUGCCGCGCGCCGAGCGAAAAACACUGUAAAUGCCUGUGAUAACGUAUGAAAGUGAAAAUCGCCCAACUUUUCAGCACCACCAUUUGUGGAAUUCGGAAAAAAACCAUUCAAACUCGAGGUGUGAAAUUACUAUAAAUUCCGACAAUGAAGAUUCCACAUUUACGAGCACUUCUCAUCAUCGUAUGAACGGAUUCAACGGUAAACCGAGUCAGCAGAUGAACGAGGAAUGUCCAAAUCAGAGAAUGCAAAGAGCAGCCAGCAUCGCGUACACGAGCGACACGCACCAAUCGGAACAACCCCUGUUGCAUUUCUUCUUACCGAAUAAAGUCGAAUACUAUUGUAACACGAAUCGAGAUCAGUUUUCAAAAAUCAACGUUCCGGCGCCUAUCGCCAACCCCAGACGCCAUUCAUCCGGAAACUGUAAUGCGGAAAGUGAUUUUAAAAAGCAAAUCAGUCCGGUACCUCCUCCGGUUCCAGCCCGUGUCCAAAAAGCACCCGCCAUACCUGAACGUAAAAACAUCCGAAAAUCACAAGACAGCCCUUCGCCCCAAACCCCACCACCAGCCAGCACAUUCGCCAAAACAAAUAAUAUCAUUCCAUCAUCAUCAUCAUCUUCCUCAACAGUAUCAACAAGCGAUCCUUCAUCAUCAUCUACCACCAAAACCACCACCUCCACCACCUCCACCACCACCUGCAACAUUACAGUCAAAUUACCACCUCCACCCCAAUCGACAUCGAAACGAGGCUCAUUCUCGCGAACCAACGCUACCGCUGCUGCCACCUCCAACGCUGCUGCUGAAACAAAAGAACCAGUAGAAAACUGUGAUCAAACCGGCGCCAAGUUCCAGGCUCAAAGAACCGAUCCGCAACAGAAACUGCAAAGUAACGCUUUCACCGAAGUCAAGACCUUGACCCCGCUUCAAAAUGCAGCCCUGUUUAACAAUUUACAAAACAAGUCCACCGCCGAAGAAGGCUACUUCAAGUUCCCCAAGGUAUCAACGCCUACCAGUUCGAAUCCAGACGAUUCAGCCGAGACUUUCUCCAGCGUUAGGAGAAAAAGUGGCAAGAAGAUACCUCCACCGAUUCACACGUACACGAAUCAAGUCAUCGAUGACGCAGAUUCGCCCAAUUUUGGUAGCAUAUCGAAAAUGUCCGUUAGACACGACUCGACUUUAUCUUGUAGCGAUGGCGGUAUCAGUCAAACGUCUUCUCCUAGUUAUCUAAUUAGAUCGUUGGAGAGUCCUUUGCUGCCCAAAGUCAAAACACACUCGACCAAUCGACACUCGAAACGUAAAUUUAUCACCGAUAAGCUUUUCUCCGAUAUUAACGAAUUCGCUAUGCCUAAAGAUAAUAAAAACCUAUCGCCUCCUGAUCUCACUAAAAGCCAAUCUACGCCCGGUGGUCUCCAAACUGUCGUCGAUUAUCAGCAAGGAGCCAAUCUACCCUAUCAGCAUAAGGUAAUUAGAAACGAAAAAAGUACCUCGUAUCUUUCGAGAAGCGAAUUAAAAUUCCAAUUUGUGCAAAUCGUGAUCAACGUGAUUGUUUUACUGGCGGUAGCCGGAGCUUUGGCGUGUUAUUUCAGAGCCUACCCGACAGUAACGACAGUCAAGUACAUAAAUUACACUACGAUAAAUGUACACAAUAUUUCGCAUCGACCUGUUAAUACCUACUACGCCGAAUAUCAUCACGCAGUUAACGAAUUCGGUUUCUACUGUUUUCCCUUAGCAGUUCGUUUCUGUCUAGAUAAUCACGUGCCAUACAACUACACCAUGUUGCCGAAUUUUUUCAACACCGGAGAACAUGAAGCUGAAAUGGAUUUAGAAAGUUUCGAAGCUAUAACCAACGUCCGAUGUUACCAAUUAGCGUCGUUGUUCUUGUGCUCAUUAUAUUCGCCAAAAUGCGGUUUAACUGGAGAACGAGUCAAGCCGUGUAGGAGUUUAUGUUUAGAAACGCAAAGAAGAUGUGGCAUAUUCUUAGAAAUAUUUGGACUGCAGUUUCCAGAGAAAUUCGACUGUUCUUGGUGCCCAUCUCAUAACAGUACAGAAGAGUGUAUCGGUCACAAUGAAAUGAAAUUGUUCGAAGAGCAAGAAAGUAUAGCAGCCUGCGUCGACGGUUUCAAAUGCGACCAACGCAGAUGCAUUCCACAAGAUUGGAGAUGCGAUGGUCAUAUCGAUUGCGAAGACGAAACAGACGAAUUGAACUGCAAACAAUGUCCAGGUCAAUUACAUUGCGGCAUGGGACAAUGUAUCGCCACUUCUCAUAUCUGUGACGGAGUUCUUAAUUGCCCUUGGGGUCAAGACGAACGAAAUUGUGUACGUCUAGACGAGCAAAUGGGCGAUGUAGGAUCUGGUAACGUUGAAGUAUUCGUAGCCGAAGACAAAGCCUUUAGAACAGCUUGCAUCAGAGAAUGGGAUCAACAAAACUCACCCCAGCUGAUCUGCGAACUACUAGGAUACAAAUAUUUGAAUCAUACUGAUUUGCAAAACAAGAGCGAAAACACUCAGAUCCAAUACAUUCAGUAUAACAAAGAGAACGUGGAGAAAAAUAAAAUAAUGUUAUUUCACGAUCUGAAAAAUUGCCAAAACAAUGGCCAUUAUCCGACUGUAAGAGCCCUUUGUUCCUCGUAUGAAUGUGGAGUACGUAAACAAUCGUUAGGAUAUCCGAGUACCCGAAUUGUUGGCGGUGUUCCCUCGAAUCCAGGUGAUUGGCCGUUUUUAGCUGCCAUCUUGGGUGGACCUAUGGAAAUAUUUUAUUGCGCCGGUGUUCUGAUAAGUGAUCAGUGGGUCAUGUCUGCUGCUCAUUGUGUAGGACACUAUAAUUUAUCGCAUCCUCCUCUUGACUGGACCAUACAACUUGGAAUGACCAGAAGAUCAUCGCAUUCGUAUUUUGGACAAAAGUUGAAAAUCAAAAGAGUGAUUCCUCAUCCUGAGUAUAACGUCGGAGUACCUCAUGAUAACGAUAUAGCCUUGUUCCAGCUCAGAGAUCGUGUAAAGUUUCACGAUCAUUUGUUACCGGUGUGUAUGCCUAAUGCGACAACCACUUUGGAACCUCCUCGAAACUGCACUGUCAUCGGAUGGGGCAAACGAGAAGAUAACGAAAUUUCCGAUUACGAACCGACCGUGUACGAAGUCCAAGUACCAAUACUAAGUCGACAAUUAUGCAAUACCUGGUUACGUAAAAGGAACCUGAAUGUCUCUCCUGGUAUGAUUUGCGCCGGUUACGAACACGGUGGUAAAGAUGCCUGCCAGGGUGAUUCUGGUGGACCAUUACUUUGCCAACAUCGGAACCAACCCGAUAGAUGGUUCGUUGGAGGAAUCGUCAGCUGGGGAAUCAAAUGUGCCCAUCCUCAUUUACCCGGUAUCUAUGCAAAUGUUCCUAGAUUUGUUCCUUGGAUUGAAGAACAGAUGAAAAUGUAUAAAGAUGAACGCCGUUUUAAACAUUAACUUAAUUAAAUAUCAGAAUGGAUCUAACAAACGCACAUAUCUUGAUGUGGAUAUGGUAACUUUACCUUUGAAAUUUUCGAUCUCAAUAUCUUUUGAAAUAAAUUUUCAAUUCCUUACAUAUCUAUUUGCUUCGUUUACUCGAACGAAGCCUUUGAAAUUUUCUAUUCAAAUUUACGAGUACUUUCAAGAUCAAAACCAUAGUUGAUGCUUGUGAGUGGUUCUUUUUUUUUUUUACAUAAUUCUGUGUAUUUCGGUGGCAAUUGAUGUCGAAUCCGUAGAAAUUUCUUUUGCGGUUUUAGAAUAAGCAUAGGCUCGAAAAAAAAACCUUAUUCAUUGCCCAAAAUUAAACGAGUACGUAGGUAUUCGUAAUGGUUACCGAUUUGUUAAAGCAAGUUACCUAUUUUGUUUCGUGAAACGAGUUUUUGAAAUUAAAAGUAGGUCUGUUAGACUUAGGUAGGUAGGUUUUAAGUGAAAAAAUUAAUGUUGAGUAAUGAAAAGCAAAAUUCAGUAUUCAAUUUAUCCAAUCCAAUUUCCUUUUUGUGUUUCUUUUUCCCACUGAAAAUUGUAGUUAUCUUCUCACUAUAAAGUAUUUGUAAUGGAUGUCAAAUUACAAUUAGAAAGAAAUCUGUUAAAUACUUAAAACUGUAUUGAAGAUAAUAGCGUUAAAUAUGACUGGUUGUGGUACACAAUGAAGGUUAUACAGUAAUUUUUCAAUUGGACAAUUAUUUUGUUGUUUUUUUUUUUCGUGUGUGUCGAUCGUAAAUUUAAUUUAUUAAGACGUAUGUUACUCGUAUUUAUACGACGAACGUAUAAAUAAAAUCCCCAAAACUGUAUGUCAAAUUAGUUCCCUUUUUAUACAUAUAUGUUGAACGAAAGUACAAAAGAAGUAUAGUGAGAUGUUUAGAGAAAGAGAGAUUGUGUGAUCAGUAGCGGAGAUUUUUCCCUCAUCGAUGUAAUUAAUAAUUCUAACGCAUGUGUGUAGAUUUUCUAUAGUCAUUGUUGAUAAUAUAGUAAUAUUUUUUCAAACGAGUAUUUAGUACAUCAAAUGUAUACUGAUUUAAAUUUACCUACACUUAUCAAAUUGUAGUUGAUUCGUUUGGAUCUGUUAUAUAGAUUAUCUAUCUCAGACCUGAUGAGGUAAAUUUGAAUCAUACUCGAAUAAUUUUAUCGUAUUUCUGUACAUUAGGAUGUUUUUAUUUUAAAAGCGUUUUGUACAAAAUUAAUUUUAGUUGCCCUUUAAAUGUUCUCGCUGUGAUUACUUUUCUAGAUACUAAUUUACGUAUUGAUGUGUAUCGCCUUUAGUCAAUGUGUUGUUUUUUUCCAACGAUGAUUUGUUUAUCAUAAAAAAAAAACUUUGUAUAUCUUCAGCAUCAUUUCGAAAUUUUUUUUCUCAAAUCUCAUCUGAAUCUACUUAUAUACGCGAAGAAAAUUUUAUAUGUUUUAAAACUCUUUGAAUGAUGCUUGUUUUAUACGCGUGUACAAAAUUAUGUGCCUUCUUAGAUGUGUGUGAUCUAUUUGUGCUCACUUUACCGUUUGAUUGCUAUAAUUCUAAAUUAUGGUCAUUAAGAAAUUUUAUAUUUUAAAUUUUGUGUGUUGAUUAACUAAAAAUACAAAUUUGUGUUUGCUAUAA